AUGUCGUUAAUUCCUCACUGCUUCGACUAUGACUUGCCGCGGCGGCUUCUGGACCAAGCUUUCGGAAUGACGAUUACUCCUGAAGAUGUAUUAUCCGCGAGGAGUGGUCCGCUGUUCCCGACCUUUAAAUGGUGGUGGCCAGAAAAUUUAGAAUCCUCUAUUAAAACUAACAAGGACAAGUGGCAGGUUAAUAUCGACGUUCAUCAUUUUGCACCAGACGAGAUAUCGGUUAAGAUGUCGGAUGGAUUCAUCGUCGUGGAGGGAAAACAUGACGAGAAAAGAGAUGAACAUGGUUUUAUAUCCAGACAGUUUGUGAGGCGUUUCAAGAUUCCAGACGACGUGAACCCAGAAGCUGUCGAGUCGAGACUUUCUUCUGACGGUGUUUUGUCAGUGCUAGCGCUAAUGAAAGCUAAUUCGCAGAAGGGUGAAAGAAUUGUGCCCGUAUCACACACAGGACCAGUUAGACAAAGAAUACGAGAAGGUGCAAAAAUGGAAAAAGAAGGAAAGAAAAAAGAGAUUCGUGGUGGAUAA